AUGAAAAAUAAAAAAAAAGUUCAAAACCUCCUCCUUCCUGAUCCUGUCGUCCUCCUGAUCCGUCAGGAGCUUCUUUUGCCGUGGUCCAUGUGGAAACAUCGGCCCUCUCCCAGAUCGGAUUUCACGUCUGGGAAUGACGAUUCUGGCCCUCACACAUCCGAGCGUGGCAGCACUGCUCGUCCUAAAAAGAAGUCUCCGCUCCCACGUGAAUUAGAAAACGUUGACUCAUUUCUCAAACCUCCUACACUGGUGUUAUGUGAGACGACUGCAUCGCAUUGCCUUGUCUUUGCCGUCGUCCGUCUUGGCCUCUGCUCUUCACCUGGCCUUCCCUCUCACUUCAUCCCCACUGACCGUGACAAAUCCAAUAUAUUGGCAGACUUCUUUUCUAAUUCCAAAUCUCGUUCGCCACCUCCGCCACCCCGAACCUUUACCUAUAUACCUCUAGAGCGCCCUGAAACCGGUUACUCUGCUCAUACUGCCCGGUCUCGCGCUCCCUCUGCCACAAACAACUCCGUCUAUUCCAGCCAACAAGACCCCGGCUGGCCGUCUGAUUCCCACAACUCGUCGCGUGUGUCCUUCAACUCCAGGUCAGGCAGGCCAAUGGCGGGCUUAAUGGAUGUUGACCGCACUCGGACGCGGAGAGACAGAACGUUCGUCGGCACUGAGUGCGCCAUCUGCGACGAGCCACUGGAACAUACCUUGCGCGGUGAACGUGUUCUCCAAUUCUCCUGCACUCAUGUCUCACAUGAAGCCUGCUUUUAUGAAUAUAUUCGCGAAUUCGAGGGCCAGUACUGCCCAACAUGCGAUGCGCCGUUAGGGCUUGAUACUAGCCGUGGGGGAAAUAUGCUGGAUCUCGAGAAACUCAGCAAUAUUGUCCGCUCUGUGACUAGCGAUGCUGCGACUCAUCGAAGUGGCAUGUCUAAUCUUCCUCCCUGGGAACCUGUCCCAGCUCAAGCACGACGGCCCAGUGAUGCUGGAAGUCAUGCAGGAAGCCGGCCCCUUAACCGUGACAGUCGGGAUACUUACGUCAGACGUGACAGCCGCGACAAUAGCAGCCACCGCGAACGGGUCGAACGUCUGACCAUGGGUUCCCGCCAACACCACUCGCGGAACGGAAGUGUUGCUGGUUCAUCCGAUUACAAUGAGUCGCAUCAGCAUGCCGCCAAUGGAAGACGCCAUGAUUAUGACGUGCAAGCUAUGGAGUCUGACCUCAGCCCCCGUCCCGCUGUCACGAAGAAUCCCAUCCCGGCGCCAACGGUGACUAUCCGCAGCGAGUUCCCGACGCUUAAUCGCUCACGCCAGCAGCAGUCUUUAACAUGCCUGAUAACGGUAGAAGUGCCUGAGGGCAGCUGGCAGCCCGAUGCAAGCGACCUUACUGCGAAUGGCAAAGACCAGCCCCAAGACGAACCUUACGGCGCAAUGCGUUUCCCCCCUAACCAGGAGCCAAAACCAAUUCCUCAUGAAAGCCAGGAGAACCUGGACGAUCUGGCAGAGGAUCUGCGGAACAAGGUGGACAACUGGCACGGCCUAGAAUUCAACCGGUAG